AUGCGGGGCGAAGGAAAUGCUGCCAGGCCAAGGGAUCACAAAGUGUUCUUCGCUGGCAAUCCGAAAAGCCAUGCCACCAGGCAGGCUAUUUUUGACGAGCUGAAAGAGUCGCCGCUGUUUAAUCUGCACGGAAAGGCAUUACUUCCGGAACGAUACAUCUUCGCCCUGAAACGACACACGUAUUGCUUGCACUUGCCAGGACAUGCGACGUGGAGUCCUCGGCUGAUCGAGUAUAUCUGGUUCGGAUGCAUACCGGUGGUGGUGGGCAGUGAAUACUUCUUGCCACUCAGCGGGAUGGUGGACUGGCGCUUAUUUAGUAUCGGCAUCGGCAUUGAAGAGAUAUCGAAUCUUCCGGAGCUGCUGCAAACCGUAUCCAAACAGAGACAGCAGCAUCUACGCAAUAAUUUACAUAAGGUGGCCCCCCUUUUCAUGUACCACGCGAAACCGAGAUUCGGCGAUGCAUUUUACGCCACGCUCUACCAACUGUACAGAAGGUCGCGAUUUAUCCAACGAGGCUUAACGAAAACUGAUCUCUACGAGUUCAGGCAUAUUGCGCGUCAGCAAGCCAAGCCAUAUGGUGCCCCCCAUGGUGGAUUGGUAGCGUCAUAUGCUUACGCUCCUGUGUGUGAUCUGAGACUAUCCUGGGUAUACCAAACCAACGAUGAAUGCAAGAAGGGCGGAAAACCUUACUCUAUCACAGGUGCCGGGUGCUCUUGA